AUGUAUGUGGAUGAUAAGAACUCUAAUGAUGUUUCAUUUUCCCAAAUAUCAAAUUUAUUACCAUAUUAUACGGAUUUAUCUUUGACUGUAUUGGCGACAUUGGAAAAUAUUUCAACUAUUCUACUUAGAUAUAUUCUAUUAAAUACGUUAACACCUCAUUCGAUAGUUAAUUUAAUACAAAAUCAAGAUUUGAAUUUACAAGUAGAUGAUAAUAUAGACUCGGGUGGUGUGUUAGAUAACACAACUUUCCAAAAGUUAUUGUCACUUUUCAAGGAAUUAAUGUGUCUAUUUGAAAACAGAAGUCCGGAUAAUUCAUUCACAAUUACGGUCCAUGAUGUUACUGGAGGUCUCUGGGUUCCAAAUCAGUCAAUAGCACAUAUUAUAAAAGACGAUAGACAGUUUAUUGUGAAGACUGUCAAACAAAUAAAUUUAUUAAAAUAUUUAUUGAUUGCAUUAGGUUGUUAUGAUGAUCUUGGAAUUGAUGUUUUAGAAAACAUGUUUUUUGAUGUAUUUUGUUCUCAAUCAUACUUUAACAAGAGAACCAGUUUAUUUAAAAAUAAAAAUUAUGAGGCUCCUGUUAAUAAUAAAAAGGAUAUUCUAGCAGAUGACCAAACAAGAAAAUUUUUGAAGACACACGGGGUAUUACUUUUGGAACUAAAAACACAAGCAUUAGUAUUGACGUUAGAUGAAAUUAGAAAUGGGAGUAGUAGCAUUACAAAAAAUAGAAUGUCACAGGUUCUAGAAAAAAUAUUUCCUAACGAUGAAAUGAAUGUUAGAAAAAAAGAAAUGUCACCAGCUGAAUCUGAAUUUAUAGAAAAAUGCAUCCAUCGUAAGAAUUCUCUUUUUAAAUUUACUAAUUUUGAAACAUUGACUGAACACUAUAGUUGGAAAGAAUUUAUAAAAAGUCUAUUGAGUUUUUGUAACAAGAAUAUUGGAACAAUAAUACUGGGAAGAGCAGGUCGCGGUGUGAAUCCUUUAUUUGAUUAUAAACUAGAGAAUUUUAAUCCUAAAUUAUUGCAAUGUGGGGAACCUGUUAUUCCAUUCAAAUCCGAAGAUGACGGAAUUGAACAGGAUUUGCAUAUCAAAAGAGAAGAAUUGCAUCAGCCUAAGAAUGAAGCAGAAAAUGUGAAUGAAGUGGGUAAUAUAGUUAAAAUGGAAGGAAAUAGUACAGCCAUUUUUUCAAUGAACAUUCCUAAUUCUGAAUCACAAACUACUGCUACAAAGAAAAAAGCAAAUGUUCUAAGAAAUAAGGCAGCUGUGUCACCUAAGAGAACUCAGAUGACUUCUAAAGAACUGGUUGACGUAGCACUUGUUGCCUCUGCCCAAAAUGGUGUUAAAAAAUUGAAGCCAAAGAAAAAUUGGACAAAGAGAGAAGAAGACGUUUUAAAAAUGGGUUUACAAGAGUUAGGACCACUUUGGUCCAGUAUAUUAGCUUUAUACGGACCAGGUGGUAAAGUAAACGAAGUUUUAAAAAAUCGAACACAAGUUCAAUUGAAAGAUAAAGCUCGUAAUUGGAAAUUAAAAUAUUUAAAGAUUAAUGAAGAUUUACCGGAUUAUUUACUCAAAGUCACAGGUAAAAUUAAAAAAUAA